AUGUCCUCCGCUAUUACUGCUUUGACACCAAACCAAGUGAACGAUGAAUUGAACAAGAUGCAAGCUUUCAUCAGAAAGGAAGCUGAAGAAAAAGCGAAGGAAAUCCAAUUGAAGGCUGACCAAGAGUACGAAAUCGAGAAGACCAACAUCGUAAGAAAUGAAACCAACAACAUUGACGGCAACUUCAAGAGCAAGUUGAAGAAGGCCAUGCUUUCGCAACAGAUUACUAAGUCAACGAUAGCAAACAAAAUGAGGUUGAAGGUUCUUUCUGCUCGUGAACAGUCGCUAGACGGGAUAUUCGAGGAAACCAAGGAAAAGUUGUCAGGAAUUGCCAACAACCGGGACGAGUACAAGCCCAUUUUGCAAUCAUUGAUCGUGGAGGCACUUUUGAAGUUGUUGGAACCUAAGGCGAUUGUCAAGGCUCUUGAAAGAGACGUCGAUUUAAUCGAGUCGAUGAAGGACGACAUUAUGCGUGAGUAUGGGGAAAAGGCCCAGCGCGCACCAUUGGAAGAGAUUGUUAUCUCCAAUGAUUACUUGAACAAAGACCUUGUUUCCGGCGGUGUUGUGGUCUCCAAUGCAUCAGACAAGAUUGAAAUUAACAACACUUUGGAGGAAAGAUUGAAAUUGUUAAGUGAAGAGGCAUUGCCCGCCAUCAGAUUGGAAUUGUAUGGUCCUUCCAAGACAAGAAAGUUCUUUGAUUGA